UGAAGAUUCUUUUACAGGUAGGAAUUAUCUAGUUUUACAGUUAUUAUAUUUAAUAAUAGUACAGACCAUAGCAUUUCUAUUAACAAAAUAAUGUAUUAAACUGGUGUUGCGUAAAUUUCUGCCCUCAAUCUAUCAACAAGUUAUGUUAACAGGCUUUAUUUGAUUUUAGCGUCUGCUGUCACAUCAUAUCAACACAUUUUGUUUUUGCUGAUAAUUUGCCAACAUUAGUAGAUUAACAUAUUUUGUAGUCUUUUUGCUGAUCGUUAACAGUCAUUUAGCAAAAAUCAAUUUGUCAGAUUUGAAUAAAUUUUGAUGUCAACUUGGCGAUAUUUUAUUAACAAUUUGUUUAUUGGAAUCUUUAUGAAGUUUCACUUCUUAAUUGAAAUAUUUCUGAGAUACCUCUAAAAAUUUCGACGUUGUAUGAGAUGCUAUUUUCAAAAUUACAAUUACGUGUCUAUUAUGUCUAAUAUUUUAUUAAAUAUAUAUUAAUCAAUUAACAAAGAUAAGUCAUUCCACGUAAGAGUGAUAGAGAUAUAAUUUUUCUUUUAAUUAUCUAUUGAUUAAAAAAAAGAAUGCUGAAAGAGAAAGUGACCCGACCACAACACAUCUCUGGAACAGGUAUUCAAGCCAAAUUCGUUUGAAAUUCGGGUCAUUUUAUACUGGAGGGAGAAGAAUUCACUUCAGUGGGGGACAUUCAACGUAGAUCGGGUCUCGCGACCUUCUUCGCUCGCGGUACACAUCGUUUUCAGUAACGGUGCAUCCAUGAAACGUUACUGAGUCUUGGCAUCCUUUGUCUUCGCAUAGUGUGUAUGUGUAUGUAUGUGUGUAUGAGUGGAUUAUUGUCAACUGAAAAUUCUAAAGUUGUCUCCGCGAAGAAUAGAUUCGGACGGUACUACCUUUUAAAAUAACGAGAAUGAAACUGCCGCUACGACUUUGUGACGAGACGCGGCACCGUUCGUUGCGGUUUUGCGAAUCGUUUCUUCGGAAGAUCGUUUCUCGGGGUUUCUGCAGCGAGACGAUCACGUCCUCCGAAUGUCCUCAUGCGUCGUCAUCGUCCUCGGGAAUCGCGUCCUCGUCUGUUAGACCUUACGAUGAGGUGCCAGGCCCGCGGCCGAUACCGAUCUUAGGCAACGCCUGGCGGUUGUUGCCGCUGAUCGGCCAGUAUCAGAUUUCUGACGUCGGAAAGAUCUCGCAGAUGUUCUACGAAGAAUACGGCAAGAUUGUGCGGCUGAGCGGUCUCAUAGGCCGGCCCGAUCUGCUCUUCGUCUAUGAUGCUGACGAAAUCGAAAAGGUGUACCGGCAAGAGGGCCCGACGCCUUUCAGACCUGCCAUGCCCUGUCUGGUGCACUAUAAGAGUAUGGUACGCAAGGACUUCUUCGGCGAUUUACCCGGCGUUGUUGGCGUACAUGGCGAGCCGUGGAAGGAAUUUCGUACACGCGUCCAGAAACCUGUUCUUCAGCCGAAGACGGUACGAAAAUACAUAACACCGAUUGAAGUGGUUACAGAGGAUUUCAUAAGGAGAAUCGAGAAGAUUAAGGGGGACGAUGGUGAAUUACCCAGCGAUUUCGAUAACGAGAUCCAUAAAUGGGCCUUGGAAUGUAUUGGCCGUGUGGCACUCGACGUCAGACUCGGGUGCUUAGGUGAGACAUUAUCAUCGGAUUCCGAGCCUCAAAAGAUUAUUGAUGCCGCCAAAUUCGCAUUGAGAAAUGUCGCCUCGCUUGAACUUAAAGCUCCGUACUGGAGGUACAUCCCGACGCCCCUUUGGAGCCGUUACGUGCGCAAUAUGAACUAUUUCAUCGAGAUAUGCAUGAAAUACAUCGACGCGGCAAUAGUUAGGCUUAAAAACAAGAAAGUUGUGGACGAGAGCGACUUGUCGCUCGUAGAACGAAUUUUGGCCAAAGAGACAGAUCCUAAGAUAGCUUACAUCUUCGCUCUCGAUCUGAUAUUGGUCGGCAUUGACACGAUAUCAAUGGCAGUAUGUUCGAUAUUGUAUCAAUUAGCAACUAGACCAGAGGAGCAAGAGAAAAUACAUCAGGAACUUUUGCAAAUAUUGCCAGAUCCAUCCGUUUCUCUCACAACGAGCCAUUUGGAUCAAGCAAUUUAUAUGAAAGCUUUCAUCCGAGAAGUUUUUAGAGUGUAUUCCACUGUCAUUGGAAACGGUAGAACGUUACAAAAUGACACCGUCAUCUGCGGCUAUAAAAUACCAAAAGGAAUUCAAGUUGUGUUUCCAACACUCGUCACCGGUAAUAUGGAGGAAUAUGUCGCGGACGCGAAGACGUUCAAGCCUGCGAGAUGGCUUAAAGAUUCCGAUAACGACAAUCUGCACCCAUUCGCGUCAUUACCGUAUGGUUAUGGAGCACGAAUGUGUCUGGGUAGACGAUUCGCGGAUCUCGAGAUGCAAGUGCUUCUUGCAAAGCUCCUGAGAUCGUAUAAACUGGAAUAUCAUCAUCAGCCGCUGAAAUACAAAGUCACAUUCAUGUACGCGCCCGAUGGAGAGCUCAAAUUCAAAGUAAUAAAAAGAUAGCGUUUUGCGCGUAUAAUUGAUGUAAAACAAAUUUAAAAUAACAUAUUAAAACAAAAUAUACUAUUUGAUGAAAAAAAUUAUACACAAGUUUAGACUAUCAAUUAUUGAAUUGUUAUAACUUCAUGAAAAAAAAUUAUAAGCUUCUACUUUAAAAUGACCUGAGGAAGAUUGUUGUAUGAUAUUUUAUGAAGAAGUUACAAGAGUUCAAAAAUCGACAGUCUGAACCUGUGCGUAAGUUGUUGUCAAAUAAUAUAAAUAUCUAAAAAUUUCCAGAUAAAUACUAAUUGUAAUUAAUACAUUAUAAUCAAUGUUUAAUUAUAUUACAAGAAGCAUAAUUCCAUUCAUAAAAAGUAU